GACAGCGUGGAAGAAGGUUGAGUGAGAAGGUACGGCAGGUACGGCGUACGUUUGCGUGUGUUGCGUGUGUGGUGUUCGAGCGCAUGUGGAAUACGUAAACACGCGUACUUACUUGAUCGAGUACGGCAAAGACUCGUGCCGCGCAGUGUACACAAUUUCGCACGCCUGGUGAACACGUCGGCUCACUGGGCCCAGUUGUUUCUGUUCCAAGUGAUCUGAGACCGCACCAACGACAAUGUUUGCUUUCAACUUCAAGAAGUUCCUGGAAAGCGGUCAGUACUCGGACGUGGAGUUCUCCGUAAAGCCGGAGAAGUUUCCUGUCUCGAAGACGUUCAAGGCCCACCGGCAACUGUUGGCACUGCGGAAUGAAGUGUUCGCCGCCAUGUUCUAUGGUCAGCUUCCUGAAAAGAACACUGUGGUCAUCACCGACCUUCACCCGGAUGGCUUUUAUGGCCUUCUAAAGUACCUGUACAUGGGCAAGCCUAAGAUUAAAAGCACAGCGGAAGCCAUGUACACGAGAACUGCAGCCGACAAGUAUCUUGUGCCACACCUGGCCCUCGCCUGCUCGGAGUACAUCAGGACCCACGUGACGGCUGAACAGGUGUGUCACGUGGUCGACUACACCCUGAUCACUGGUGGCGAGGACGUCGACAGUGCAGUGGGACGACUUCUGGAAGAGCACCCCGAGGCCGUCUUGGCAUCAGACGCUUUCACCGACUGCUUGGAAGAGACUGUGCACUUCAUUCUGGACAAGGUGACAAAUGUGCCAGAGAUGUACGUGGUCCUCGCGGUGCACAGAUGGGCGCAGGCGUUCUGCCAGAAGAUUGCCACCACGAACGACAAGCCCAUCGACGUCAAGACCGCCAUAACCCCGUUCCUGCCCAAGCUUCGCUUCCUGACGCUGACGCCAGAGGAGUUCGUCACCUUUAACGCGUCUGACGACACGCGCAGCGUGCUAGACAAGGACGACGCGUUUGCGAUCAUGAGUGUCAUUUUGUGCAACAAGUCGAUCGAGCUGCCAUCAUGGGCUUGCAAGGAGACAAACCCACGUUGUUCAGACACUAAAAUGAGCGACUGCAAGCUGCUUGGCACUUAACAUGGCUCCAGCUGAAAAGCAGCAAAAUGUCACUAGAGCCGGUUAAAAAAUCAGUGGUAGUUACUGUGUAGGCCACACUAUACACUGCGUGUGCACGUGCCUUCUUUUUACACUUCACUACUGUACAGGGAAGCAGUGUUCUUGAUGUUACGUUACCUUUGAAAAAUUUGAAGUACAUACUCCUGUUUCUUUCAUCCUUUUCUCCCUUCCUUCUUAGAUAUGACCACAGCAUGGAAACGCUAUGGGAAAAAGUGCCUUGAUUGUUUCCUCUGUACUUACGACCGAUAUAUUACAUGACUAUCUUUGUUGUAGUGUAAGUGGUCUCUGCAAGAUUCUGUCAAGGUUGGCUGUUGUAA